AUGUCGACCCAAGCAAGUGAUAAUAAUAAAGUAUACGCUUGUGCGAUUCAGAAUGAUUCGGAGGGUGAUAUUCAUGCUGUAGUUAUCUACGCUGGUAUUCCAGAUGUGCACGGAGAAAUAAAACAAACGCGUGUGGAACAGGACGUAGCCAAAGGUCAACGACGUUAUCUUUAUCAACGCCUCGUUACUCGACCAACUCAUAAUAUAAUCGAAGUUAUCGAACGCCUUGAAGUGACGAAAGCCAAUGGAAGUAAAUUAGAAUUGAAAGCACCGUUUGCUGGUGUUAAAGGUCGUAUUACUGAUUGGGUCUUCGUCGUCACUGACAAAGAAAUCAAAUCUGGCGAAAAGAAACAGUAG